CUCCGCCCCUUCCCGGCUGUAGCCGAGCCCGAGCAGCAGCCUCCGAGAGCCGAAGCGGCGGGGCUGAGCGGAAGAAGCAGCUGGUUCGCCAAGGACGCGCGCCAUGGAGAGCCUCGGGAAGCAACGCAGCGCGCCUCUUCGGCUGGGCAUCUUGCUCCGGCAUUUGAGCCCCCACGCAGGAUUCACACCUGUUCCAACUUCAGCAACUUCAGUUGCUCCUGUGGAAUGCCCAAUGCAGUUCCAAUACACCUUGGAUAAUGACGUCCUAACUCUAGAGCAAAGACGUUUCUACGAGGACAAUGGAUAUCUGGUCAUCAAAAAUCUGGUGGCGGAUGAAGACAUUGAGCGCUUCAGGGAGGAGUUUGUCAAGAUAUGCCGAAAUGAAGUGAAGGUACCUGGAAUAGCCAUCAUGAAAGACGUCACCAUCUCCAAGUCUGCAGCCGACGAGAAUACCGUUUCAAAAUUGCAGGAUUUCAUCUUGAGCGAAGAGCUGUUCAGAUACUGCACCUUACCUCAGAUUGUAAAAUACGUCGAGUGCUUCACAGGGCCAGACAUCAUGGCUAUGCACACCAUGCUGAUCAAUAAACCUCCCGACACAGGAAAGAAAACUUCGCGCCAUCCUCUGCAUCAGGACCUUCAUUAUUUCCCCUACCGGCCUGCGGACCGAAUCGUUUGUGCCUGGACCGCGAUGGAAAAGGUGGACCAGAGAAACGGAUGCUUGGUUGUGUUGCCGGGGACUCACAAGGGCUCCCUAAAGGAGCACAAGUACCCGGAUUGGGAGGGUGGCAUAAACAAGUUGUACCAUGGGAUCUAUGACUACGACAAGAAUCUCCCCAGAGUCCACCUCCCCAUGGAGAAAGGAGACACCGUUUUCUUCCACCCCUUGAUUAUCCACGGCUCCGGAAGAAACCGGACAGAAGGAUUUCGGAAGGCUAUUUCUUGCCAUUACGCCAGUAGCGACUGCUACUAUAUUGAUGUGAAAGCGACCAGCCAGGAGUUUAUAGAGAAGGAACUGCAAGAGAUUGCAAGGGAGAAGUAUGGUAUAACAAAUACAUCAAUGAAAUUAAUAUCUAUGAUACGGUGUCGACUUGUGAAAGGAGAGAGAAAAAAUCUGUAAAACACUGUUCAGAUCCAUUCUCCAGUCAGCGAAGAAACGUCGGAUAAUUCAGCAUUUAUUUUUUCUUCCUUUUUUUUGGGAAAAGCUGUGCAAUUAGUAGUAAUCUCAAAGCACUUUGAAGGUUGUCUGUAUGUGGAAAUCUAUUCAAGGCUGAAAUUCUAAUCACAUAAAUUGUUAGUUACAAUUAAUAGAGUGAAAUUUAUUUCUGAGGAAAAAAAAAGUUUAGAAUUUAAGCUGCAAUUCUACACCAGUUUUUACUUCUAUUGUAAGGAUUUAAAUUGGUGUCCUAGUCUUGUUUAAUAAUGAAACCUUUAGCUGAGCUCAAAUGGACUUUUAACUAUACGUGCAUAGAAUUAUAUAUUUUAACAACUGUAACUGAUAUAUGUAAGUAAUUUAAAUAAAUUAAAUUUUUGCAGCAUUUGGAAAAACCUCAAGGCCUCUUUAAACAAAUUUAAUCAGAAUUGGAGCUAGGUUUUAGAUUUUUCUUUGAAGGAAAAUCUUUACUUUAAUCGCAAACAUUUAUUAUAGAUUUUCACCAGAGUGCAGAGCUUUAGAUAGUUUUUCUGGUUUUCAAGAGUUGGAAUGAUCUGUUUUAUUCGCGAAGAAUACCAUGGAUUGCAAAAGGUAGAAGAAGAAUCAAGCAAUGAUUGAAAAAGCAGAUUUCCAGUUUCUGUAUAUGCGCUUUUUCUUACAUUGGAAGAAAAACAGCUGUCUUGUUCCUCUUCAGAUAAAGUUUCUGAAAUAUUUCUUCCCAGGGAGACUUUUAAGAGGAGGAGCAGGGAAAAUCUUGCCGUAAGCAGUGAAGAGAUAUAAAUGCGAUGCCAAAAUAAAACAAUAAAGAACAAACAUGGUUUCCCUGU